AUGCACGCCCACCGGCUCCACUUCCUCCUUCUGCAUAUCUGGUGGGCCCUCCUCGAGGCGGGCGCCGCUACAGUCGCCCCCGCGCUCCUACGCGCGAGAGGGCAGCCCUCGUCGCCGUCCCCUCUGGCGUAUAUGCUGAGCCUCUACCGCGACCCGCCCCGGGCGGACAUCAUCCGCAGCAUGCAGGCGCAAGAUGUGGAGGUGGACGGACAGAACUGGACCUUUGCUUUUGACUUCUCCUUCCUGAGCCAAAAAGAGGAUUUGGAGUGGGCUGAGCUCCGGCUGCAGCUAUCCAGCCCUGCAGACCUUUCCCCUGACGUCCCGUUCUCCAUUGAGAUUUUCCAUCAGCCAAAGCUGGAGGCAGAUCAGGACCCAGCCAGCUGCCUGAAACGUCUUCGGAUGGAACUGUUCACUGUCACUCUGUCCCAGGUUACCUUUUCCUCUGGAAGUAUGGUCCUAGAGGUGACCAGGCCACUCUCCAAGUGGCUGAAGCACCCCAGGGAGCUGAAGGAGCAGAUGUCCAGUUUGGCUCGAGAGUGCUGGCAGCGGCCUCCAACGCCACCUGUCACCAGUGUGCUGCUCCUGCUCUACUCCAACCUCUCUCCUGAGCAGAGGAGGCUGGGUGGCCCCACCUUGCUGCGGGAAGCCGAGAACUCCUGGAGGGCCCAGGAGGGACAGCUCCUCCGGGAGAGGGGCAGGAGGCACCCUCGACAUCCUUUGCCCGACAGAAGCCAACUGUGUCGGAAGGUCAAGUUCCAGGUGGACUUCAACCUGAUUGGAUGGGGCGCCUGGAUCAUCUACCCCAAGCAGUACAAUGCCUAUCGCUGUGAGGGCGAGUGUCCUAACCCCGUGGGGGAGGAGUUCCAUCCAACGAACCACGCGUACAUCCAGAGUCUGCUGAAACGGUACCAGCCCCACCGAGUCCCCUCCACCUGCUGUGCCCCCGUGAAGACCAGGCCGCUGAGCAUGCUGUAUGUGGACAACGGCAGAGUCCUUCUGGACCAUCACAGAGACAUGAUUGUGGAAGAAUGUGGGUGCCUUUGAGGAGGUCCUGGAGCGGUGCCGGGUUUGCCUGUACCCUGGGAGGUUGGGAAGCUCCUGAAGGCAUGACAACCAUCUGAUCCCAAGAGGAGAAAUAACAGGGGAAAGCUGCUCUGUCCACCGGACCGGAGGAGGACGGGCUGCCCAGCCUGUAAGUGAAGGCCCUGUGGAGUCUGGCUAAACACAGAGGCCGCCGGGAGAGGGAGGAGGAAGCCUGUGCAGCAGCCUCGCUGGGUUUUCUCUUUACUGAACAGACAGUGGCAAGUAAAAGCACUAAUGUGAGAGUUCUUUACCUGAGUUUUUUAAACCUGUGAGCCUCCAGAAGUUGUAUGCCAAAGUUGGGGCAUAUGUGUAUUUUUGAGAUGGGAUAAGACUGUCUAUAACUUUUAUGUAUUCUACAAAGUGGUCUUUGACACCCCGACCCCCAAAGAUUAAGCAUCACCGUGUUACAUGGACAAGUUCGGCGCUCUCGCUGCCUCAGGCUGGGUGAGGGGCCCCACACCCUUCUGGCUGGCCAGUUGGGCUCUGUCGGCCUUGUCCAGGCUCCCUGAAGUGUGUCUCUGCUAAUGAGUUGUACAAACAAUAAAGCUAUUGUCUAGUCCUUCUAGGCCAGCUGGUGCCUUUGAAGGGAGAGGCAGGAAUGCUUCCAUGAGAACUGGCCACACUGCACUGCAGAAGCCAGAGCCCUCAGCCACCCUCCAGAUGGUCUGCUUCAGCAGACACAGUCGAGUCUCGUAAGCCUGGUGA